AUGACGCCAAUGAUUAGACCGUCUGUUCCUGUGCAGAUAGAGAUAGGGGCAGCGGAGGAGGAGACAAUCCACGAAGGACAAAUCAUUAGACCCCUUCAACAUCAAGGCGUCGAAUCAGGAGUUGCGGGACGUAACCAGAUGGUAAUGGUUAACCGACACCAGGAUGCUGAUCAAAUUGUCGACCAACAUCGACAAGAAGACCUGGCGGUGGAAAAUAAUUUGACAACUAUUGUCGAAAGGAUUAUGGCUAGAAAUGGCAUGGAUGCUACCUUGCAAAGGCCAUUAUACGCCUCCCCGUUAGCUGAAUUUAUUCUCCAAGUCGAGGCGCCUAGGGGGAUGAAAGUGCCUAAGUACACUAAAUUUAGGGGAGAGUCUGGUGAAUCGACAAUAGAGCACGUCGCCAGAUACUUAACAGAGUCAGGGGAUCUAGCUCAUAAUGAAUGUUUAAGAGUAAAAAACUUCCCCUCCUCUCUGACCAAGGCUGCCUUCACAUGGUUUACUUCGUUGGCCCCAAGUUCAAUCGACUCAUGGGCCAAAUUAGAAAAGAAGUUCCAUGAACAGUUUUACGAAGGACACUCCAAAUUUAGUUUGGUAGAAUUGUCUAGUAUCAAGAGAAGGUUUGCUGAGAGUAUAGAUGAUUAUUUGAAUCGUUUUAGGUCCUUAAAGGCUAGGUGUUUUACGCAAGUGCCAGAACAUGAACUAGUUCAAAUGGCCGCAGGAGGUUUAGAUUAUUCCAUUAGGAAGAAGAUAGAUCCAACUUUUGUGAAAAGAAUGUCACAACUGGCUGACAGAGUCCGACAUCUAGAACGACUAAGGCUAGAAAAAGUUAGGCACAAUAAGUCUAAGAAAGAAAAGGUAGCGUUUAUCGAAUACGACGUGACAGACCCAAUACGUGAGGUCGAUUAUGCUUCAUCGACCGAAUUAGAAAUCGACGUGGCUGAACUAAAGCCAGGGUCCGCCUAUGAGUGUCGAUCAUUGCUGCCUGCGCAAGGAAAAAAUCCUGUUGAAAACAACCCAAAAUUCCCUUCGAAAACUUAUACUUUCGACGUGUCGAAAUCGAUUCAAGAAGGCAGGCUGAAAUUUGUUGGCCGCAGAAUGAAGAUCGACGCCGAUCCUCUUCACCAGGAGGAAGCCCUGUUCGUGGAGCCAGUCGAGAACAACAUGGUCGAGAUCAGCGAAUAUGAUGAGGCCAACAUGCUGGAGCAAACUGGGGAAAGCCCAGAUGUCGAUAUAGCUGAAGUUUACCCAAGGGCUGAUGAAGACUUGGUGGAUUUUCUGUAUCGCUGCAAGAACAAGGGUUCACAGGUGUGCCUAUGCCCAAGGUGUGAUGUUGUCACCGACAAAAUAGCAGCAGAGAAUUUCCAGAAGCUACAACCGGGUAAAAGCAAAAGGAAUGUGCCAACCAGGGGUUACCAGAAUGAAAAAGGCUCAAAAAAGGCUGUGGGAAAUAACUAA